GCACCUGCGUAGCGACUCCGCUACACUUCCUCCCGCAGUUGAGCGCUAACCGCAGUUUAGGGAGGGUUGAAAACUCUGUGGAGGAGGUUCGUAAAGGGUAAAUAUAUACGUAAAUAAUAUAAUAACUAUCUCGUCUUUCUUUUCGCGGUGGGAACAAUAAAUUACCGAUAGGAGAGGGACCACUGUACUUCCGUAAUUAGUUAGUUCUGAAUUUACAUACUGUGUACUGACUGUUUCGAAGUGUACGCAUGUUUAUAACCGUUUAAUUUCCCUAUUUGCUUUAAUUAAUACGUAUACCAAUUGAUACGUUAUAUUGAAAUUUGACGAAGCCACUCGAAGGUAGAGAGAGACCAACCAAUUCUCCCGACAUACAGCUGGACUACAUGCGCUCUGCUCUGCUGCCAUCUUGCGGUUUCAUGCGUCUCUAACAAUUACUAUUGUCAUUGGUUCAAACUGCCAUCUUCCCUCCCUCGUCCAAUGGCACCAGCUUCACUUAUUUUGCAUGCACGCUCCUCCCUUUUAUUACUUACCACCCCUCCUCACCCACUCCACACACACACACACCCUAAUCAUACCCCCACUGUGAUGCCUGCAACUGCGUGGCCAGUCUGAAAAGCGUGUGUCUAUCAGGGGCCGGAAUAACCCGAACCAUCAUGGCCCGGUAGAUGUGACGACGGAGAUACACGAAGAAGAGCUUCACUGUGCACAUGACCACCCUGCUGUUUUGAUGGUGGACACGGUCGCUGUAGUCGCUGCUCUGUAGUAUGAUCGGCGGCGAACGACCUCAGAAACACACAGAAACACACACUCUGAGCUGAGUCGUCCAUCUGGACACCGGAGGAGGGGGAGAAGAUGAGGAGGACGAUGGUGGCUUCAGUGAAAACAGCUCCAUUUGUGUUUCUACUCUGGGUGCUUCACUGUGCGUUGGGUCGAGAUGUGACUCUACCCCUGGGACCUCUGUACCGCGUGGCAGGGUUUCCCCUGGCUGUGCCCUGUGCGGUGUCAGCGUACGAAGGACCACGUACUCAGGACUUUGAGUGGUUCCUGUACAGGGAUGAUUCCGGGGGGAGGCAGUUGGGAGUGGUUUCCACCAGAGACAAAGACUUCCCGUACACACCUUUCCAGGCCCGGGUCAGAAACGGGGAAGUGAGAAUAGAGAGGGAUUCCGGGGACGCCGUCCGACUGGUGAUCCAGAAACUCCGAGCUGAUGACCAGGGAAAGUACGAGUGUUACACACCCAGCACGGACAGUGUUUACCAGGGGAACUACAGUUCCAUGGUAGAGGUCAAAGUGAUUCCUGACACACUCCAGAUCAGCUUCACCCGCUCCCUCACCAGCCAGCCGGUGCCAGAAGGCGCUGAGGUGAAGCUCACAUGCUCAGCCAGCAUCCAGUCGGAGCAGCUCACCCAUCUGUCCAUCACGUUUGGGAAGCGGGGCGUGGGGGAGAGUUCGGGCAGCGGAGCAGGAGGGGAGGUCAGCACCGUGAGAGAGAUUAUCUCCAUCGACAACAUGCUGGCCGUGGUCCCUGGACGUUCCUUCAAGAAGCGCUACGACGAUGGCGAGAUCACGUUGGAGAAGAGGAACGGAGAGGGAGGCCAGGGCGUGUACGUGAUGAGGAUAAAAGCGGUGCAGCCCGACGACAGCGGCUCGUACUUCUGCGAGGCCGCGCAGUGGAUCCGGGACCCGGAUCGAUCCUGGCAGAAGAUCGCACAGAGGACGCUGGACGUUGGCAACCUGACCGUGCAGCAACUAGCGGAGUCCCUGAGUGUGACGUCCUCACCCAGAGGGGAGGUGACCUUGCAGAUUGGUACGCCCCUUAUUUUGACUUGUGAGGUGCUGGGGUUGCCAUCAGACGUCAACUCUGGUCUGCUGGUCCAGUGGAUGAAGAGGGGGUCUGGGGGCCCUGAUGGAGUCACUGCUGGAGGAGUGGAGGUGGAAGUGGCCCGUAUGAGCACAGAUGGCGUUGUCAGCUGGGGCGACGACCUCAGCAGAGCCAGUGGCGGCUCCAUGGAGAAGGUGGCAGAGGGCAGGUACACGCUGAAGCUCUUCUCAGCCCGGCCCUUGGACACUGGGUCGUAUCGGUGCGUGGUGAGCGUAUACGCCGGAAGGAGGAACCCUGGUCCUUCCGUGGCAGCAACGCUCACUCAGAAGUCCGAGGGCGUCGUCGUUAACCUGAAAACCAAAGAUGUGAAGGUCUCAGCUGUGGCUCAGCUCAAACGAGGCCCCCUCCUUAAAAGGGGCAGCACCAUCACCCUCAUCUGCAACGCCACCAUCACGACCACACGUCCGGCCCAGGCUCGGGUCAAGUGGCUGCAGUGGCCGUUGCCCGAGCCUUUUGUCAGGCGUUCGUCGUCCGACGCCGCUCCUCUGGACGCCCCUAAAAAACCCAAACUGGUGGCGUAUCUGACGUACGACGGCGUCGCAAAUAUAAUCACCAACGGCAGUGAGAUUAGCGUCGACCGUCUGUCGGCUGUCGGCUACAGACUGAGGGUCCACACGGCCACCAUGGAGGACCAGGGCAUGUACGCGUGCAGUGUCGAGGCCUGGAGUCAGGAUCCGCACGGAGGCUGGUACAACACGGGAGUGGAGGCGGAGUCAAAUGCAGUGACCGUUUACCUGUAUGCAAGAGUUGAGGACCUCCUCUUCAUCCCUCUGAUCGUCGGGGUCUCCUCCGCCCUGUUCGUGGGCAUCGUCAUCAUCGCCUCGGUGACCUGUUGCUUCAUGAAACGGCUGGCGAGGCAGCGGGCUCGAAAAUAGAUGUCCAGCGUUUGCCACUCACGAGGAGGCUGCGAUUGAGGGGAAAAAAAAAAAAAAAAAGUCCAGACGUAACUAGUAGGGAUGUAACGACGCAUCGUGAAUCGGUUGAAAAUCGAUACAAGUCCGUGACAAUUCGCAUCAGUUGACGUAAAAAAAAAUAGCACGCGUCGAGGUGUACGGAGUAGGCUGUUAUCUCCAAAAGUCAGUGGUCACGCCACGAAACAGUGUUUGUGUAAAGUUAAUAUUUUUAUAUUCUUUUGUCGUUUAAAAUAUUGACAGUCAGUGAGGUGAAUCAGACCAGAGCAGUUAUAGACUUUUAACGAGAGGAGAUGAACGUACAUUUUGCAUAGUUACUUAGGUUCAAUUUAAUGUGAGUCUCCGUGAGUGCAUUGUUACAUCCCUACUAACUAGUAGAUCUGUGAAACCUGUGUUUGUAAAAACAAAACAUAAUUUUCUGCACUAUGUACAUGAUUUAAUAUUCACUGCCAAAUAAUGACUUGUAUUUUUUUAUCUAAUCACUCCCAGAGUGCUGUGUCACACCCACACAUAAACAAUAUCUUAAAUUCGAAA